GUCUUCUUCAUGAGCGAUUGUCGUCGAUUUCAGGGACAUACUAGGUCAGCAACAAUCUCCUUCAGCGCUUCAGAGCAGGUGAAUCGGGAUAUACUUUGUGAAUUUGGAAAAACCUUGCCCUUCUAUCCGCUCCAGGUGAAAGCAGAUGAGAGUGGUGUUUCAAUUUGGUCUCCUAUUCGUGCGGCAUACUUGAGGUGGAAAAGGAAAGGAAAACAAACAUAUAAACCUCCGCAAGAAAAAGUGGUCACUAUGAGGGGAUUUCUGUUUUAUGAAGCUGUUCGUCAGUGCCUAUCAAGCCUAUGCUAUUCUGCAUCUUUAUUCUUGCACUCAUGCCCUUUUUCUCUUACAGUGCUAUUUGUUUUUUGGUAUGAAAAUUUAGUUGGAAUAUGUUAAAAAUGAUCACCUAUCUAUCUAUGAAAAAUGUAAUAUUGUUUGAAGGAUGAAUACGAAGCGGCAAGAGCUGAACUUAUAGAGGAAAUAUCAAGAGGUAAUUCCAUAGUGGUCAUUCAAGCGCGAUUAACAAGCGUAUUUUAAAUAUGGUUACA